AUGGACUCGACUUUUCUCGCAUCGCUGGUCAGCGGGGCCGCUGCCGGGACGUCCACGGACGUCGUCUUCUUCCCAAUUGAUACCCUAAAAACCAGACUGCAGGCAAAGGGAGGGUUCUUCCACAACGGAGGAUACCGCGGAAUCUACAGAGGGCUCGGGUCUGCGGUGGUCGCGAGCGCCCCGGGCGCCUCUCUCUUCUUCGUGACAUACGACUCCAUGAAACAGCAGCUGCGGCCGGUGAUGGGGCGCUGGACCGCCAGCGAGCAGCUAGCCGAGGUGCUCACGCACAUGCUGUCGUCGUCCUUGGGCGAGAUGAGCGCGUGUCUGGUGCGCGUGCCCGCAGAAGUCAUCAAACAGCGCACGCAAACGCACCACACCAAUUCGUCGCUACAGACGCUGCGGCUGAUUUUAAGAGACCCGACCGGCGAGGGGGUGGUCAGGGGACUGUACCGUGGAUGGUGGACAACCAUAAUGCGCGAGAUCCCGUUCACAUGUAUCCAGUUUCCCCUUUACGAGUAUCUGAAGAAGAAGUGGGCUGCCUACGCAGAGAUUGAACGCGUGUCCGCCUGGCAGGGGGCUGUCUGCGGCUCGCUUGCUGGCGGUAUCGCCGCCGCGGCCACCACUCCGCUCGAUGUGCUGAAAACGCGGAUGAUGCUACAUGAGCGGCGCGUGCCGAUGCUGCACCUUGCGCGCACCCUCUUCCGAGAGGAGGGUGCCAGGGUGUUCUUUCGUGGUAUCGGCCCUAGAACCAUGUGGAUCUCAGCAGGAGGAGCUAUCUUCCUGGGCGUGUAUGAAGCCGUGCACUCCCUGUUUUAG